GGGAGGAUAGAGAGAGACAGAGAGAGAGAGAGAAAGAGAGAGAGACAGACAGACACCGAACAGGGACAACGUUUGGACGGCGUCGGGCCCGCAAUACGCAACAGUCACUAAGCUUUAUCACGAGUGUGCUGUUCACAGUGGCGACGCGAAGGAUAUAUAAACGCAUUCAAAGGUCUCAAAUAGCAAUAUGCAGAAUUGCUGGUGCCUGGACCUGGUUCUGGGAAACUGAGUAGCAGCUGGGGCCAACAGGAGAUGCCGCUGAGGUUUCGAUCCUUUGUCCCGUACACGCUUCCUGGAGUGCUGAUGCUCAUUGGCUGGUGGUGGUACAUCUCGCGCAAGAAAGGGCGUGUCGCCGGCCACAACAGUGAGGAGGGCCCGGCCAUGGGCCUCCGGGCCUCUCCCAGCGAGGGCAGCAAUGGCGUGGUGGAGAAGGGUUGUCCGCCCGCCGGCACCGCACAUACCACCAUUCUCCCAGACGUCCCUGACGCCAAAGAGCAGAGGCCUGCCGAGCAGAAGGUCGUAGCGCCCGUUCACGCGCCAGCGAGCAGGGGGCCGGCUGGGGAGCCUCCGGACCAGCCGCAGCUUGCGGUAGCGUCUGGGAAGCUGGGUGCGUCCUGUUACAGCAAUAGCGCGAGCACGGACUACCAGCCGGGCAGCCCGGAGACCGGCAGGCAAAAGGCCCCCGCCUCGGCCUCGGGUCCAGCAGAUCUAGCAGAGAAAAGCUCGUCUCGUAAGAGACCGGAGGCUGCCUCUCUGAGCAACGAGGCAAGUCCGCCACCUGCAGCCGGGGAGCUGGGAGCUGCUGCCUCGGCGAGGCAACUCCUAGAUGGAAAGCCUGACAACCGGGAAGCUGGCGCUAUGGAAAAGGCGUUGGCCACCUGCCGGACCACGGAGCCAGCCAGGGCAGAGCGUCCCGAGCCGGAGGGGGAGGUGGCUGGCGAAGUGCUGGCUGUGCCCUUUGCCGAGUCUCUCCAAGCAGACUUGGUGAAAGACGACCCUCCCCUCACCAAAGACGAGCGGCCCUCAGUCCCGGCCGCGACCCAGGAACAACGUGCUCAGGGCGGAUCUUGCCAGUCCCCCAGCACUGCGGCGCCCACCUUGUUCCCCCUGUCUGCUAGCGCACCUGACAUGGACGUCCCUGUGGAGACCCAGCACCAUGAGAACGGAGACCUGUGCCAGUCGGCAGAGACCACUGGUGGCAUGGAGGAGCUCCACCGCCUGGCUGCAGGCCUCAUCACCGAGGUCCUCUCCGCCGCCACCCAGGAGGUGAUGACAGUGGGCAGCCGUGACUUGCAGCUCGGCGAGUCCACCGAGGUGGCUGGCUGCAGCACGCCCACUUUGAACGGGCAGGAAACCGCUAGACAACAGCUCCAGUGGGCUUCACGGAGCCAAGCAGACCAGCACGCGGCACAGCUGGCGGAGGACGUCGCCAACGGCUGCCUGCCGUCUUCAGCGUGGGAGAAGCCCGAGGACGAUCGGCAUGGAGGACCGCGGGCGGCGCCCAUCCGGGGCCAGCUGCACUCGACUCCUCUCCUGCCCAGGGUCCAAGCCGUGGAGGCGGUGACCACAACCGAGGACUCCGGCUGCAGCACGGGCCAGUCGGAGGACGGCGUCAGCAGCGAGGAUCUCGUCCUGCUCGGCACGAGCUCGCCCUCCGCGCUGCCUCAGAGCAAAGAGGACCUUGCUCAAAUUUCAGGGAUCUCGAGGAGUUCCGAGGGCAAGGCAGACGAACUGCCGGACAGCUCCGUCUCUGAUCUCGUGGCCCUGGAGCAACCCACGCUGACCACAGAGCACGUGGCCGCGGUCUGUGAGGCGGCCCGGCUGAACGGGGCCGGUCUCAGGAACGGAACCAGCGAGACGGAGGCAGAUCAGUCAGGAGGUUCGGACGUAAACAGCAUGGACUCAAUGGACAGCUGCUCCACUUUGGGGGUUGGAGAUGGUCAGCAGAGUGGCAGCCAGGCCAGCCAAUCACAGAGCUCUGAGAUGAUUGUAUGGGAGAUAGAAGUGCCAAAGCAUCUGGUUGGUAGACUAAUUGGCAAACAAGGGAGAUACGUGAGCUUCCUGAAGCAAAGCUCCGGUGCAAAGAUCUACAUAUCAACCCUGCCUUACACGCAAGAGUUUCAGAUCUGCCAUUUAGAGGGCACCCAGCAGCAGGUAGACAAAGCGCUGGCCUUGAUCGGGAAGAAGUUUAAAGACCUGGACCUGACCAACCUGUACGCGCCACCACCAUCCCUCUCUUUACCCUCUCUGCCCAUGACGUCCUGGCUCCUGCUCCCCAACGGCGUGACGGUGGAGGUGAUCGUGGUGAACAUCGUGUCCGCGGGCCACGUCUUCGUGCAGCAGCACACCCACCCCACGUACCACGCCCUGCGCAGCCUGGACCAGCAGAUGUUCCUGUGCUACUCCCAGCCGGGCACCCCCGCCCUGCCCUCGCCGGCCGAGGUGGGUGUGAUCUGCGCGGCCCCUGCGGUGGAGGGCGCGUGGUGGCGCGCUCAGGUCAUCUCCUUCUACAAGGACUCCAGCGAGGUGGAGAUCCGAUACGUGGACUACGGCGGCUACGACAGAGUGAAGAUUGAUACCCUUCGCCAGAUCAGGUCCGAUUUUGUGACAUUACCGUUCCAAGGGACGGAGGUGUUGCUGGACAACAUCGCUCCUCUUCCUGGUGAGGAUCGGUUUUCGAGCGAAGCCAACUCGGCGCUGGAAGAGAUGACGCAGGGGGUGCCGCUGCUUGCACAGGUCACGAACUAUGACAAUAACACGGGCCUUCCACUAGUCCAGAUGUGGAACAUGGUUGGAGACGAGCUGGUGCAGCUGAACCGCACCCUCGCAGAGAGAGGCUUUGCCAUCUGGGUGGACAGCUUCUGAUCCCCACCACACCCCCACUCUCUCCUCCUGCUCCACCCUCCCCGCCUUCCUCAGAGCGCAGAGCUGGCAUGCGUCCUAGCUCCCCUCCUACCUGAAGUGCACAUCACUGGCUAUGGGGAAAUUUACUUUUGGGUUUGAUUUUCCAGGGUUUGGUUUGUUUUGGUUUGUUUUUUUUUUUGUUGUUGUUUUGGUUUGGUUUUUUUU